AUGCUGUAAAAUCCACACGCACACACACACCAAACAAGUGGAAUGGGAGCUGGUGGGAUGAUCACAAAAGUGGUGCUGCUAGUGGUGGUGAUAAUGGUGGUUCUCGACGGAGCAAACGCGAUGAGUUUAUGCAACGUGACGGAGGAUGGGUUCACGGCAUGCAAGCCAUCGGUGACGCCCCCUAACCCGGAGGCGCCCUCGCCCGAGUGCUGCGAGGCCGUCGCGGGGGCUGACUUGGAGUGCCUGUGUUCAUACAAGAACUCGUUUAUGUUGCCUUCUCUUGGGAUUGAUCCUGACCUGGCCUUAGCACUUCCUGCCAAGUGCAACGUUCCUUCUCCCCCCGAAUGCUAAGUUUAAUUCAUGUACGUGGGCAGAAAGAGUGAGACCAAAUUACAUGUUUCUUGUGCCCUGUUCUAUCUCAAAUCAUUAUUCCAUGAUCAGGAUUCCAGAGUUAAUUUUUUUUUAAUAAUCCGAUGAUUGUGGAUUUGAUUCACUUCUAUCACUGACAAGAUCCUUGUAAGGGAUUGAUGAUCAAGGAGAUAUGCCCUUACAUGGGAUUAUGACUAGAGUUUGAAACUAUCCAUAUUUUUAUGGGAUAAUUACACUCUUUUUUUACAA